GUCCUCGCUUUGCAUUCUUGAGACCCGGCUGCACGCUGUCGAGACCUUCGUUGAUAUCUAUCUACCCGUCUGCUUGCUGGCAUUGAGUGAUUUGUUGCUGGUCAGACUAGCUCGACGAACGGCAUCUGCUCGGCAUUCCCCGCUUCUCAUUCCACCUCGCCAUACCGACUGCACCACCACCACCGCCCAUCUGACUCGGCUCGACUCGACGCAUAGCUAUUCGCACCUUCGCCCACUCUCUCCGCGCAUUCUCUCGCCGCCGCCAGUCUUUACUUUACCAUGGCCGCUAUCACGCGUCAGCCGUUUGCCGAGCUCGGCUCGCCGCGCCUCCACGCCCUGCAGAGCGCGAAGAACAGGCAGAAUGCCUUCUCCAUGUCGCCCACCUUUGCUGCCUCGCCAUUGAAGUCCGCGCCCACGCCCUCGACGGGUAAGCGCCAGCGCGCGCCCGAGAUCUUCGAAGACGACGCCGACUCAGAGAACACGGAUCCCACCACCGUCAGCUCGCCCAGCAAGAAGACCAAGACCAGCGACGCCAGCGUCUUCACGAAGCCAUCCAGGUACUCGCUGACGACAUCGCCCGCCACUCCCGUGCCUUCGAUCCGCAAAGCCCUCUCCUCGCCCAACACGACGCAAUCCACGCCCAUUAGCCACACCCGCGGCUCGCCCAAGCACAACCGCGUUGGUGCCCUCUCCAAGCGCCGCGCCUCCAGCUCGCCCUUUCGACGCGUCGACCCGCCUUCGUUCUCCCAGCGCCCCGCCCUCCCCUUCUCUAUCGACGCGGCUCUCAGCGGCACACUCAAGACCUACACCCCCAAAGCCGCUCCACCAACACCUGCACCCGCACCUGCACCUGCCCCUACACCUGCCCCCGUCCAAAAUGUCUCCACCCUCGACGACUCCAUGCCCAACAGCUGGUUCUUCGCCAUCCACGAGGACACGCCCGAGCAGGAGGCUGCCAAUCUGAUGGAGCACUCCGCGUCCGUCCUCGACAUCAGCACCGACGACGACAUGGAAGCCAAGAAGCUGACCGAGCACCUCGAGCGCGGCAAAGAGAACAUCCCACCCCCAGACUUCACCGCCACGCUCCCAGACCACGACGCCACAGAACACUCCACCCCGCGACCGCGUCUGAGGAAGAUCGCCCAAGACGCCAUGGACGAGGACCGCAGACCACUGGGCGACCUCCCACCCGCCGACUUCUACGCAGAGGGCUGCGACAAAGAUACCUAUGUCACCGUCGACACGGGUAUUGAGAAACCCUCGAGCCUGUCCAAGGAGUGCGAUUUCACACACGACGAGGCGGCGGAUGAGGAGAACGUCGCGCCUGUUGUUGAGCGGAAAGAAAUAACACCGGUUGGGAAGUCGGGUGGUGAUGUGCUUGCUCCUGCCUCAGUACAAAAAGACGGCGUGUCUGUUGCUCCAUGACAUGAGAUUUGAGGUUGCUUCCUUGUUUGUUGUCUUCUUCUUCUUCUUCUUCGCCACCACCACUUCUAUUCUGUUCUUGAACGUCGGAGUAUACAUGCAUACACGAUGUUAUGUUAGCGUUUUGUUUCUUGUCCAUCUUUUGUAGUUGUUUACGUUUGGAAAUAGCCGGUGCGGUGCGGUGCGGUGCUUUUGGCCAAUGGGCGAUACCUUUAGUCUAGCUAGUUUGCUGUUAUGUAGGUAGUGUUACCAAGGAGGAGAAAUAAUAAAUACAUCCCUUGACUUAUACAUACUUCUGUCUUGAUAUACAUGCAUCGCGUGCGUGAGACCAAGUCCGACGAUAAGCAACAAGCCCAUCGCCAGUCCUUCGCCCAUCCCCUCACAUAAACAAC